AUGGUCAGACAUAACAGACAGAUACUUACUGCGGGCAAAAACUAUGCUGAGAAGCAAGCCAAAAAACACGCAGUAAAUGAGGUAACAUUUGACAAAGAAAGUCGUGAAGAGUAUUUGACUGGUUUCCAUAAACGUAAAUUACAAAGGAAAAAGAAAGCCCAAGAAUAUAAUAAGGAACAAGAAAGGUUAGCUAGGAUAGAAGAGAGGAAACAAUUGCGUGAUGAACGUAAACGAGAUUUGGAGAAUCAGUUGCGUGAGUUUAAUGAAAAGGCAAAGGAACUUGCAAUGAUAAAUGGUGGCUUAGCUGAUGAUAUUGAAGAGGAGGGUGAAGGUAGUGAUGAUGAUGAAUGGACUGGGUUUGAUGAAGACGGAUCUGAAGAAAACCCUAAAGAAGAUAAACCAGUUUCACUAAAGGGAAUAUUACAUCACAAAGAAAUAUACGAGCCUGAUUCAGAUGCUAAUGGAUUUGGCGAUGAAACAACAGUGACAAUAGAAUCAAUAGAUAAACCAUUAGGAAGUGCCAACGGAGCUAAUUUGGAAGAGAUUGCCAAAACUAACAAUGUUGAUUUAAACAAAUCGGAAGAAGUUUUGGAAGAAGCGGUUGAACGAGCAAAGAACUAUGCUGUAUUAUGUGGUGUUUCUAAACCUUCAAAAGUAGAGAAACCAAAGACCAAGAAGAAGAAGUUUAGAUAUUUGAGUAAAGCGGAACGAAGGGAGAAUACAAGAAAAGAGAAACUUAAGAGUAAACUUCGAGGAAAGAAAUAA